AUGUUUCUCAACCCACUUCGAAUGUGCGCUUUGCUUUGCCUUGUCCUGGCAUUCCAGCUUGCCACUGCCCAUAGUUUCCAGGUUAUCGACAGGGCUGAUACCGCGACACAAGCAACAAGCAGCGCGUCCCCAACAACAACCAAAUUCCCCGCACAAACUGGCAAAAACGACGAUGAAAAUACAGACAACAGCUCCAAGACUGCAUCUAGCACUGCUAGUGCUCCCGUUACCUCGACUGCAGCGACCAGCCACAGUAGCACGGAGAGUGUUCCGACGUCCACUUCGUUGAACAACAACCCCUUCCUCAACGCCACAAUUCCGCCUGGUCAAUUGCCUAUCCUGCCAGAAAUUACACCGGGAUGGGGCGUCGCCGGCAUCAUCAUGAUGCUGACGGGUAUCGUAUAUGCCCUCAUCGGAAUCAAGAACCCAUGGGUCCACGCAUUCUUCUCGACUGCCUAUAUGGCAGCAUUGGGUAUUACGGUCCUUGUUAUCUACGUCAUGAAUGUCCCUCUCAGCAACGCCCUUCAAGGGGGGUACGUCGCCGCCAUUAUUCUCUCGGGCUGCGCAGUUGGUACGGCUUCCAUGUUCUUCAAAGAAUUGACCGAAGGGCUGGGCUGUGCUCUGGGAGGGUUUUGUAUCAGCAUGUGGCUUCUCUGUUUGGUUCCAGGUGGUCUCCUAGAUUCGACGGCCGCCAAAGCCGUCUUCAUCGCCUGUUUCACCCUUGUGGCUUUUGCCUUUUACUUUAGUCGCUUCACUCGCGACUGGUCGUUGAUUGUUUUUCUUGCCUUUGCUGGCGCCACAAUCACAGUUCUUGGUAUCGACUGCUUCAGCAGGGCCGGUCUCAAAGAAUUUUGGGCCUGGAUCUGGGCCCUCAAUGACAACCUUUUCCCCCUCGGUGCCAACACUUACCCAGUCACCAGAGGCAUUCGAGUCGAGACUGCCGCCAUCAUCAUCAUUUUCCUCAUUGCCACUAUGUCACAAGUCAGACUGUGGAAAAUUGUCCGUGAAAAGCGCGAGAAGCGGGACGCGCUUCGUGCCGAGGGUCAGCGAAAUUUGCAAGAGGAGGAGGAGAACGUCGGUCGACAGAUUGAAGAAGCCAACGCCCGCGAUCGUGCCCAAUGGGAGCGAGUUUACGGCGAUGGGGCCGCCGAGAGUGUCACGGCCUCUCAAAUAUCUGAUAGCGGACACGUUUUUGAAAAGAAUCGGUCUCACAGCCAAAUUUAUGGUGCCAAGAGACGAUCUGGCGACGCUCCCGAAUUGUAUGACGUGUCGGAAUGGGGCCAGCCUGGUAUAGACCAGUUGAUGACCGGCGAAGGCGAAGAGGGUGGAGUGACCGUGCGCGUUGGAGCCGAUGAGCUCUCCGCAGGUGAAGGAGAAGUUGAAGAUGAUGAGAAGAUAGCAGAGAGCUCAAGUGGACGACAGAAUUUCGACACAACUGGUGGCCGCGCUUCAAAGCUUCCAGCCAGGAGCAAGCGUGUCUCUGGUACCGCUGCCAGUGAAAUGGUUCCCGUUCGGUCCUCAAUCGUUACACCUUCACCUGAGGUCGUUCCUUUGCCAUUUAUUGUGCCUCGAGGCGACCUUCUGCGCUCUCAGCGAUCUUCCGUCGCUACUUUCGCUGAUGCCCAGGACGACACCGCUUUGGUCGCUCCUCGCCGCGUUGAAAGACACUCUGUUGUCAAGCGCCUAUCCAGAGGAUCAGUAGAGCUCCUGCGAACUCUUUCCCGCCGCUCCAGUCGCUCAGCCCAAACGCCCGACCUCGCUCUCAGCGGUGGCGCGAGCACCGAAAUACUUCUAACACAGAUCGAAUCCUAUCGCCAAGACGAGGACAACGAGUCGCUAGCCGCUACAAUGGACGUGGAGAGUAUGAGUGGUGGCGACCGUCGCUCUAUGGACCUGGUCAAUGACGAGGUGAACGAUAAUGCCGACCCAGCAGCCGAGGUCACAGCAGUUGACAAAAUGGGGGAAAACGUCAAACCGAAGAAAUCUGAGCCCGCACCGACGGACGGAGCUGUAGUUGACCAAUCCGAUCGAAAUAAACAAUCGACUCGGCAAACCGCGACAACUCAGCCUGUUCAAUGCACCUUCAAAUCACAGGGGGUUGCGGGCCCGACCGAAUCAGAGAGUCCCGACCUACCGGUUGACGCGCCGCAGUCUGAAGUGCCCAAGUCGAUUGCACCAGAGACAUCUGGACCGGCCAGCCUCACCAAAGAACGCCUGCCACGGUCGCUUUCCAGGGUUGCCUUGUCUUACCGAACAAAUGAAUGGGCGAAGCAUCUGAGUAAUGCCGAGCUACCUGAUAUGGAUGAACUGCCUGUUGGCAAGGCCAUCCGUGCGAGGAAAGCGGCUAAGGAGUGGGCUCAGCCAGUGAAUAUGGAAGAACUCCAGAGGACCGCGGAAGACGGGGCCCCGGCGCCUGCGCUUCCCAGGUCACUAUCUAGAAUAUCUACUAUAUCCACAGCUAGCGCAAAGCCAUACGGUACGGCGUCAAUGGAUGCCGAAGCCUUGCGAGCAACUAGCUCAGCGGCUGCAUUGGUGACCUCCGAUGCAUCACGGCCUGUUUCUCCAAAAGAUUCUGCCGCACCGCCCAGAGUACAGCCCGUCUCUACAAAUACACGCAAGAUUUCCCCGACAGUUCAGCCUAUAAUUGAAGAAGGAAGAGGUCUCCCCGUUACCCCCGGACAAUUGCCCCUUGUCGUCGACGAGCAAGCAGGCACAACAAGAGGCCCGAGUCUUGACAUGGAAGUCGAUCACUUUAUCAAGCCGUCCGCCGCGAUACCUGGCAUUGUCUCCUACGGAAGUCCACAGACACUGCUUGGCCAGCGUGAUAUAUUUCUCCGCACCAGAUCGCAGGGCAGCCUAGUGCCCAAUGUUGGCGAGAUGCAAUCCACAUUGACACCGCCUAUGACAGCGCUUAGCGAUGCGUGUUCCUUGAACAACGAUCCCAUGUAUGCCGCUGCUUUUGCCUCUGAUGCUGACGAAAUUCCAUUGAGCCAGCGCCGCUCUAUGAUACUUGGUAGCCGCAUGUCGACCAAUGAAUCGUCGUACUCCCUGAAUCGCUCGGGGAGCCGCGCUGGAAGCAACCACGGUGGUGCCGAUAACCUCGCCUUCAACUCUCACCAACCGAAGAGAAACUCAAGCGUCCCGACACAAGCUGCCCGAGAUACACAGCUUGCCAACUUUCGCAUGUCCGUUUCGCAGGACCUGCGGGCCGGAAACCCGAUGAUGAAUAGCGGUGGACGCGAGACUCCCUUUGCGUCUACCAACUCCCUCCUCGUUGGCCGUGAAGCCGAGGUGCAACGUAACAUCGAGAUGCAACGCCAUGUAUUGAUGGGCCAAAAGGAGGCUGAGGCACAAAGAAGAGAGAUGCAACGGCGUGACAAGGAAUUCUCUGAUCGCGCGUUUGACGACCGGAUGCGCAGCGGCGACCUGCUUGAUGCGCAUCGCGAGGCCAUGCGCAAGAUGCAGCGAAGUGUUAGCAAACGCACUUGA